AUGGCGAAGGAGCAACCUCCGCAGAGGAAGCAGGCAUGGAUGCCACUAAAGAAAAGAACAGAGUCAAACACAAAAGUGAAACUCACAAGGUGUGGAAAGAUUACCCUGGGUAUCAUAAUUAUUGUGAUUGCUGUAGUAAUCUUCGGACUCAUUAUUCAUUUCGUCACUUAUGGGAAAACAUCUUGCUAUUAUCACAUCAGCUUUAAAGUCAAUAAUGUUGACUAUGACAGAAAGUUUGAAAAACCAUAUUCACAAGAAUAUAUGGACCUAAAUAAAAGGAUAGUGUCUUUGAUAAAUGAAACAUUUCAUGGAUCAAAACUGAGAAGACAGUAUGUCAAAUCCCAUGUUGUCCAAGUAAGCAGAGCCAAAGGGAAAGUGAUAAUACAUUCUGUGCUGAAGUUUAUAUUCUGCUUUAAAAAUAAGGCAGCAAAAUUUCGGGAUAGGAUCGAAACCAUUUUAUAUCAGAAGUUAAAUGGUGAAACUGGGUGUUUAAAUAUAGAUUCUUCUUCAUUGAGAGUCUCAGACAUAGAAAUGUCGACAGCAGAAAAUCUUCUUAAUACCUGUUGUGGACUGCGAACAAUAACUUUCUCUGGCAACAGAAUAGCAGGGGGCACAGAUGCCGAGGAAGGGGAAUGGCCCUGGCAAGCUAGCCUUCAACAGAACAGUGUCCACCGAUGUGGAGCCACUCUGAUUAGUAACUAUUGGCUUGUCACUGCUGCUCACUGUUUCAUAAGGAACAAUGAUCCCCAAAAAUGGAAUGUUAGUUUUGGGCUUCUUUUAAGUGACCCACAAGCACAACGAAAAAUCAAGAAUAUUAUAAUUCAUGAGGACUACCAUUACCCUGCACACGAGAAUGACAUUGCUGUCGUGAAUCUUUCUUCACCAAUAUUAUAUACAAGCAACAUUCGAAGAGUAUGUCUUCCAGAAGCUAAUUAUACAUUCCCACCCAAUUCAGAUGUGGUGGUCACUGGAUGGGGAACAUCAAAGACUGAUGGUAGAGCAGUUCCAGGUGAUGAAAAGUUUGCCGUUUACCUCUAUGCAACCCUGUCCAGAAGUGACAUGGAAAUGUUGAAUGUGUCCAGAUUAUCAGAAGGUGACUCUGGUGGACCUCUGGUUAUAGCAGAUCAUAAAGGCACUUGGUUCCUUGUUGGCAUUGUAAGCUGGGGAGAUGAAUGUGCUCUUCCAAACAAGCCUGGCGUCUACACUCGAGUAGCCUACUAUCGAGACUGGAUCACAGCCAAAACUGGUCUCUAG